AUGGCACCCAUCUUAGACUGGAAGAAACUUAUGAAAGUUGAUCCAGAUGCUCUGCCUAAUCAAGAGAAACUAGCAAAAAAACUGCUGGAGACCAUGUCCAAGGUUGAUGGAAAAGACUUAAAAAUGGAAACUCCAGAACAGCUAAUACAGCUUUUUAAAAUUACUCAGUCACUACUGAAGAUGAAAGCUGAAGAGGUAGAGUUGGCACUAGAAGAAGUUGAAAAAGCUGGAGAAGAACAAGCCAAAUGUGAAAAUCGGUUUCAAACAAAACUGAUGAAGCUUGAAAAUGAACUACAGGUGGCACAAAGAUCUGCUGGUGGUAAUGACACUCGUUUUCUGCGUGAUGAGAUCUGCCAACUGGAAAAGCGAUUGGAACAAAAAGAGAGACAGUUAACAGAUACAGAAAAAGAAUUGGAGAAAGAGAAGAAAGUGAAUGAACAGCUUGCUCUUCAGAAUGAAGAUGCUGAAAAUGAAAACAUCAAGUUAAGGAGGGAGAAAAAACGCAUAAUGAAAAAGAACGAACAGUUGCGCCAGGAUGUAGCUGACUAUCAGAGGGAAAUAGAUUCCCAGAAAGAAGCAAUUCUGUCACGAAGAGGAGAGGAUUCUGAUUACAGAUCACAGCUGUCCAAAAAUAAAUUUGAGCUUGCCCAGUAUCUGGAUAAAAUUCAGAAUUUGACUGAAGCUAAUGAGAAGUUGGACAUUCAGAACCAGGAAAUGAGGAAGAAUCUGUGGGAAUCAGUGCAAGAAAUGGAGAAGAUGACUGAUGAAUACAACAAAAUGAAACUCAUUGUGCAACAAUCAGAUAUUGCUAUGGACCAGUUAAGAAAAGAGAAAGAGCAAUACAAAUUUCAGGUUCAGGAACUUUCAGAUGAACUGAAAGCAAGGAAUGAGGAAGAUGAUCCACUCAUGGCAGCUGUGAAUGAAAAAGUUGAAGAAUGGAAGAAAAUCUUAGCUUCAAAAGAUGAUGAACUGCUAGAGUAUCAGCAAAUGGUGUUGAACUUGAAAGAGAAAAUGAAAAUGGCCCAACUUGAUGUAGACAGAAACAUUAUCAUGGCCCUUCAGCAGGGUGUACAAGACAGAGAUGCUCAGAUCAGAUUGCUCACUGAGCAAGUUGAACAGUACACCAAAGAAAUGGAGCAAAAUGCAUUUAUUUUCGAGGAGUUAAAAAAUGGUCUCCAAAAAGAUAAAGGUCACUCAUCUCUUGCUCAGCAGAAUCAUAUUAAGGAUAUGCAAGAAAAAAUAAAAAUGCUGGAAGAGAGAACGAAGGAGGCUGAGAAAUCAGCAGAAUUAGCAGAAGCAGAUGCUAGAGAAAAGGAUAAAGAACUUGUUGAGACCCUGAAACGAAUGAGAGACUACGAGCUGGGAAUAUAUGGUUUGGAAGAGGCUGUUGCUGAAAUAAAAGCUUUAAAAAGGCAAAUCAAAAUACAAGAUCAUGAGAUUGAAACAUUGAUUCAGGAAGUCAAUAAACUUGAACUUAAAAUAAAUGAUGUUCUUGAUGAAAAUGAAGAACUCAGGGAGUGUUUAGGUCUUGAGCCAAAGACAAUGAUUGAUUUAAAUGAGUUCAGAAACAGCAAAACACUGAAGCAGCAACAAUACAGAGCUGAAAACCAGAUUCCUUUGCAAGAGAUUGAAAGGCUGGAAGAGGAAAGAACUGAACUGAAAAAACAGGUUCGGAAGUUGGCUCAGGAGAAAGUGAGAAAAGUUGCAACAGCAGGAUUGAGUGGUGCUGAUGUGCAGAUAACUGAUGGCUUGACUGAAGAGGAGGAAAGAGAUAAGAAGUUGGAUUUCAUGCACAGACAUGAUAUUGCUGAAGUAAAAGCAAAGAAUGAGUAUCUUGCAAAUGAGUUAAGUAUGAGAGAGAAAGAUUUGGAGACGAACAGGAUUGUCAUAGCCAAAUUUCAAUCUCAAUUAAAAGAGCUGUCAGAAGAGAAUAAAGACCUAGAACAAGGAAUGAAAGAAAUACUGCAAGCUGUGAAGGAAAUGCAAAAGGAUCCUGGUGUGAAGGGAGGAGAAACAGUAUUAAUAAUCUCCAGUCUGGAUCGUUUGGUUAACGCCAUGGAAUCAAGGAAUUCAGAGGGAAUGUGUGAUGUGGGUGUGCACUUGAAAGCUCAGGUUGACCAACUUACAGGACAAAAUGAAGAACUGAGACAAGAACUGGAAGAGGCUCAGAAGGAGGCAACAAAUUUCUCUAACCAGCUGGCAAGUGCAAAUGAAAAGAUUGAACAACUGAACCAUGAAAUAAGUUCAUUACGUCAGGCAGAAGGUGCCAGUGUUGUCUUCCAAACAGUGCCUUAUCCAGAGGGAAUGGUUCCUUCAAGUGCUAAUGCCAUUAAUUCUCUGAAUGAAUAUUUAAUCCAUCUUGUACAGGAACUGGAAAAUAAAGAGCAGUUACUGAAGCAAUUUGAAGAUGCAGUAGAAGGCUACAAGAGAAAAUUUGCAGUGAUUCGUCAUCAGCAAGGGUUGCUGUAUAAAGAAUAUCAAAGUCAAAAGGAAAGCUGGCAGAAAGAAUCAGAAGAAAUGAAAGAAGAAAAGAAAAAGCUAGAAGAGCAAGAAGAACGGGAUGCUAUCAAACUAAAGGCAUAUUCUAAUUUACUCAGUGCACUUCAGCUGGAUCCUGAUGAAACAAAAAAAGUCCUGGCAGAAAAUAAUAGGAAAAUAACUGUUCUACAAGUUAAUGAGAGGUCCCUGACAAGGCGUUACACCACUGUGCUUGAAGCAGAAAGGCAUCUUAGGAAGGAAAAUGAAAAACUCAAGGCUGAGAUAACACAGAUGGAGGCUGCAGUUAUGGGCAGGAUUGGAAACCUGCAACGAUUCAAGGAAAUGGCCAGCUUUAAGGUUGCAGCUCUGCAAAAAGCUUUGGAUGGCAGUGUCCCACUGUCUGAGCUAGAACUGGCUAAUAAGCAGUACAAUGCCCUAACUGCCAAAUACAGAGACAUGCUGCAGAAAGACAACUUACUGGUCCAAAGGACAACAAAUAUGGAUCACAUGGAGCGUGAGAAUGAGUCCUUGAGGUCGCAGAUAAAUUCAUUGAGUAAGGAACUGGAGAUCACAAAGGAGAAGCUUCACACUGUAGAACAGGCUUGGGAACAGAUGGUUAAACUGGGGGAUGACAAUGCCAUGGACAAGGCCACAGAAGCAAUAACCAGCAGUGAGAUUUUGUCCAUAUCUAAGAAGAUCACAAUGCUGGAAAUGAAGGAGCUGAAUGAAAGGCAGAGAGCAGAACAUUCCCAACGCAUGUAUGAGCACCUAAGGAACACUGUAAAGCAGCUAGAGGAACGUAAUUUUGACUUGGAAACCAAGUUUGCUGAGCUCACCAAAAUCAACCUGGAGGCACAGAAAGUGGAAGAAGAAUUAAGAGAUGAACUGUCCAAGAGCGUAAGUAAGGCAGUAAGUGAUGCAGACAGACGGCAAAUCAUGGAGCUGGAGAAGCAUGAGGUGGAGCUCAAGACUGAAGUGUCAAAGUUAAGAGAAGUGUCUGAUAUAGCCCAAAUGCAAGUUGAAGCUCUGGAGGCACGCCAGCAAUACAGAGAUAAGGAAGUGGAAUCUCUUAGAAUGCAAAUUUUGGACUACCAGGCACAGUCAGAUGAAAAAGCAACCACUGCAAAACUGCACCAACAUAUCCUAGCCCUUCAAAGCAGUGAAUCUGUUGCUGCAGGCAAAUUGGAGACACUCCAACUGAAACUGCAGAAGAUGGAGAUCCAUAACCUACGUUUAGAGCAGAAGCUUGAUGAGAGGGAGCAAGCCUUGUACUUUGCCAGGCUGGAAGGAAGGAACAGAGCCAAAUAUCUCCAGCAGACAGUUCAGGCUUUGAGACGACAGUUCAGUGGUGCUUUGCCUUUAGCACAGCAAGAAAAAUUCUCUAAAACAAUGAUUCAGCUGCAGAAUGACAAAUUGAAGGCGCUGGAAGAAGUUCAGCAUGCCCAAGAGGAACGUCGGAAUGCAGAGAACAGAGCCCUGGAGCUGGAGUUAAAACUGAAGGGCUUAGAAGAGUUAAUCAGUGCACUGAAGGACCCAAGAGGAGCUCAAAAGGUGAUCGAAUGGCAUAUGAAGAUGGAGGAACUCCAUCUGCGGGAGCUGAAACUCAAACGAGAGGUAGUUGAGCAGAAGGAAGAGGUGAAGUACUUGCGUAACAUCAUCUCUGAAUAUGAGAGUACAAUCAAUAAUCUGGAAGAAGAAAUCGUGCAGCAGAACAAGUUCCAUGAAGAAAGACAGAUGGCUUGGGACCAGAGGGAGGUAGAACUCCAGCACCAGCUAGACCUGCAUGAUCAGCAGCAGCAUGAAGUGCUUAACACAGCUCUGACGUUAGAAGAGGCUACAGGAUCAGUUCCAGACCCUGCUUUGCCACUCUCCCAACAGCUUGAGUUGGCUUUAAGAAACAUUCAAGAACAUACUCGAACAAUCCUGGAAACCAGGGCAACCUGCAGAUCACUGGAAGAGAAAUUAAAAGAGAAGGAAACCGCUCUGUGGAAAGCUGAACAAAAUGUUUUAUCCAGAGACAAAGUUAUAAAUGAACUAAGGCUUCAAAUACCUCCAACAUCAGAAAGAGAGAAAAUCCUGGCUGAGCUGGGGAAACCAGAGGAUGAUUCAGACUACCAUCGUGCCAUGGAAAUUACUCGCCAAGUCAUUGCAAGCCUGCAAGCAAGAUUAAAUCAGAAGGAGGAGCUGUUAAAGAGAUACCAAUGUUUGCUUGAUAAAGCAAGAGAGGAACAAGAGGAAAUAAUAAAGAAGCAUAUGGAAGACCUCAGUGCUCUACACCAGAACUUAAAUUUACAUGCUGACAAUUCCCUUCAUAAAUUCAAAGAGAAUGAGUAUCUUGCAAAUGAGUUAAGUAUGAGAGAGAAAGAUUUGGAGACGAACAGGAUUGUCAUAGCCAAAUUUCAAUCUCAAUUAAAAGAGCUGUCAGAAGAGAAUAAAGACCUAGAACAAGGAAUGAAAGAAAUACUGCAAGCUGUGAAGGAAAUGCAAAAGGAUCCUGGUGUGAAGGGAGGAGAAACAGUAUUAAUAAUCUCCAGUCUGGAUCGUUUGGUUAACGAGUUAAUGAGAAAGGCUUCUUCAGCACUUUCCAACAGCCAACAUCUUCUGCAUUUUGCUGAGAUGGAGCAGACUGUAGCAGAAGAGGACAAUUCUCUUGCUUCACUUGUUGAGAAACUGAAAAAAACGUCAGCUGAUUUGGAGAAGCAAAAGGAAAUCAGUGUCAUGAAAAGCAAAGAGUUUGAGAUUAUCAGAGCCCGCCUUCAGCAACAACACGCAGUUGAUGUGGAACAACUAAAAGAGGAAGCAAAUGAAUUGAGGAAUGUGUUGUCUCAGAUGGAGAAGGAAUUAGCAAAUGUAAAAGCUGAACUAGAGGUCCAAAAAGAAGCAAACAAUAGAGCACCCACAACAAAACUGAAGAACCUGGUGGCACAGGUGAAGAGCGAGUUAGCCAUAAAAGAGAAGCAGCAGAAGGCUUUGAGCAAAGCCAUUCUGGAGCUCCGGGCAGAGAUGACUGCUAAUGCAGAACAGCAGAUCAUUGCUGCUGCCUCACAAAAAGAGGCAGAGAUGAAUGUCCAGGAGCUUAUUGACAGACAAACCAAGGGGCUUGCGACACAGAUAGAGGAGUUAAACAAUCAGAUUACCAAACUGACAGAUAACCUGAAAAUAAGUAAAACCAGGGAAAGUUCAUUGUCUGAUGAAAAGGAGGAGUUGAACCAAGAACUUCAGAGACAACAAAAAGCAUUUGCUGACGUGUUGAGAGAAAAGAGAGAAGCGGACAAAGAAAAUGAAGAACUGAAGAAGCAGAUUAGGAGACUGAACAACAGCAUUCAGGUAGGAGUGGUCAAAGCUGAGGAACAAAAUCUCAUAGAUGGGCUUCAAAAAAAAGUUAAAAAGUUGGAGAGCGAACUUGAGAAGUGUGAAAAAACAGGAAAAAAAGCUGUAAGAGAAGACAAGACCUCCAAAGAGGAAGUAAUUCGAUGGGAAGAAGGUAAGAAAUGGCAAAUCAGAAUGGAAGGCUUGAGGAACAAGCUAAAGGAAAAGGAGAAAGAUGCAGAUGCUUUAGCCAAGCAGCUGAAUACAUUGAAGGAAAUUUAUACCAAGACUGAAAAAGAGAAAACUGCUCUGCAGAAGAAACUGAAAUCUACUGGUGUCACUGUGGACCGGGUGGUUGGAGUAAGAGCCUCAGGGACUGAAGAAGAACUGGAAGAGCUGAGGAAACGGAACCUGGAGUUAGAAAAUGAAAUUGCUCACAUGAGAACCCAGCAAGCAAUCCCAAGAGAUUCUGUUGUGGAAGAAUUGCGUUUCAAAAAUCAGUACCUGCAGGAAAAGCUUCAUGUGUUAGAAAGACAAUGCUCAAGAGAGACCUAUUCUAGACCCUCGACGUCAGGAGUAGCCUCAGAUGAUCAACGCAGAAGAGAACAAGAGCUUCUCAAAGAGAAUUUAAGGUUGUCGUCUGAAAACGUUGAGCUGAGGUUCCAGCUAGAACAGGCCAAUAAAGAUCUGCCAAGACUAAAGGACCAAGUAGGUGACUUAAAAGAACUGUGUGAACUUCUCAAAAAGGAGAAAGCAGAUGUUGAACGAAAGCUGGACAGUAUUAGAGGGGCUAGUAGAAGUGGAAAGACAGUCCCAGAAUUGGAAAAAAUAAUUGGUUUGAUGAAAAAGGUUGUAGAGAAAGUUCAAAGAGAAAAUGAAGAUCUGAAAAAAGCUCCAGCUGUGGUUUCUAAUGAGAAAUUACUUGGUCUUGAACAGGAAAAUGAGAGGCUAAAGUCUGAGCUGGAGAAAAUGAAACUUGACCUGGGGGAGCAGCUGAGUAUGAGGCAUGAGUCGAAAACCAAAGGAAUGGAGAAAGUCAUAGCUGAAAACGAGAGACUGCGGAAAGUGCUGAAAAAGGAAGCUGACAAUGGAGAGAAGCUCCGAAUAGCAAAGAGUAACCUGGAGAUAUUGAACAAGAAGCUAACUGUGCAGCUGGAGGAAACCUUGGAGAGGCUGAAUUUGGCUGAGAGGCAACUUGAUGGAGCUGACAGCAAAAGCUGGAAGUCCAUUGUCACAAGCAGGAUGCAGGAAACGAAAAUGAAGGAAAUGGAAAUGGAUAUUGCUAAAAAAAAUCAAAGCAUUGCUGACCUUAAAAGGCUGCUUCAGGAAGCAACCAAACGUGAGCACAACGCUGACAAAAACUUAGAAGAUCUGAAAAAGCAGGUUGAGCUCCUCAAACACCUUCCAGAAGAUGCAAGCACAGACCAAAGCCUCCUCAAGGAGCUUCAGCUUUUAAGAUUAACUAAUCACCAGUUGCAGAAAGAAAAAGCAGAGCUAGCUCAGCAGCUGGAGGUUCAUAAUCACCACAUACACACAGAUAGAAGGGAAAGUCCUGCUGCUGAACAUAAUGGAAUUCUAGAGAAGGAACAAAAUGAGAAGUGAAUGACAGAAGUAGCUGAGCUCCAGAUAUGCCUGAAAGCCUCAGAGUUGGAAAACCAGCAACUAAAGGUGAUGGGGAGAUUUUUCAGUCCCUAGUGAAGGUGGUGAUCAUUUGCUCAGCAUUUAGCCCCUUAAAAAAGGAGGAGAAAGGAAAAAGUGAGAUUAUUUCAU